CUAAGGGUCAGCCGGUAUAUUUUGUCGAUGAAUCCGCGGUCACACUGAAUAAAGCAAUAAAGAAGGAAAACUGAUGUACGAUGCGUGCAUAGAAGCUACAAAAAACCCACCACCCCGACCCCGAGCGCCAGCACACGAUACACACACACAAACUCACACACAAUCAUGUACACAUAGGGCGCCCCGAAAAGAAUAUUGUACAUAAAUUUUAAUUAAAAAAGGAAACGACGAAAACAACAACACGAGCGGCGGCAGCAGCAAAUCAGAACAGACAAUAAAAAAAGUAAAAAUCAAUAAAGAGCGGCAACUCACGGCGAUAAAAAAAGUGUUAUCAGUGUGAAUUGUUGCUGUUUGCGCCCAUACGAACGACAAGCCAAAACAGAUAGGAAGCAGACAGAAAGUGGCCGGAGACUCUUGUGGCCAUCGGCCGCGGGCAGCGCUCCCCCUCUCCUCUUCACUGUUGUUUGCCGCGCAGUGACGCAGGCAUACGGCGGUGCGGUAGAUCGGAGAUUGGAGAUUGCAAAGCUCUUAACAUGUCUGUGCAGCAGUUCUGCCUGCGGUGGAACAAUCACCAGCCGAACUUCAUAUCGGUGUGCUCCUCGCUGCUGCACAAUGGCACCCUGGUGGAUGUCACGCUGGCCGCCGAGGGCCGCCAGCUGCAGGCCCACAAAAUAGUACUCUCUGCGUGCAGCUCGUACUUUCAGGCCCUGUUCACGACGAAUCCGUGCCAGCAUCCGAUCGUUAUACUGAAAGACGUUCAAUAUGAUGAUCUCAAGACGAUGGUGGACUUUAUGUAUUACGGGGAGGUGAACGUGUCCCAGGAGCAGCUGCCGCACAUACUCAAGACGGCGGAGAUGCUCAAGAUCAAGGGCCUGGCCGAAAUGCCCACGGAUCCGGCAAAUCUCACCAAAUCGGACAGCAAGUCGUCGAGCGACGGCACUGAGCUGGUUGGUGGCGCUGGCUCUGGUGUGGCGGGAGCAGGCGGUGCCUCCGCGGGCAGCCUGGGAGCAGCCAGUGGCAGCAGUGUAGGCGACUCGCUCUGGAGCAGCAGCGAGGCGCAGCAGUUCCAGCAGCAGCAGCAGCAACAACAGCAGGCCCAGCAACAGCAGCAGCAUCAUCACCACCAGCAGCAGCAGCACCAGCUUCAGCAGGCGCAGCAACAACAGCAGCAGGCCCAGCAGCAGCAGCAGGCCCAGCAACACCAUCAUCAUCACCACCAGCAUCAGCAGCAGCAGCAGCAACAACAGCAGGGCGCACAAACCCAAGCGCCGCAGACGCAUCAUCAUCAAAUGAGACGAACCCCCUCGCCGCUGAGCGCUGGCACCUCCCCAGCCACGCGGCGCAAGAGGCUGCGCAAAUCCUCGAAUAACGGCUCUGGCGAACGCAACAACGCGGAGGAGCAGCACAGCAGUUCUUUGGACGCCGGCAGUGCCGCUGGUAAUGCGGGUCUCAGUCUCGCCCAGAUGAGCCAAAUGUCAUUUGGCGGAGCGGCCAAUACGGCGGCUGCAUUGGGCAGUCUGGCUGGGCAUUCGCUGCACGCGGCCAAGCUGCUGAAGGAGUCGGCAAGCACCGAACUGGAGCAGCAGCCGCAGGACUCGGACCUGGAUGACGGACACGGACACUUACAUAUGCAAAUUAAGCCCGAAGUGGAUAUCGGCGGAGUCAACCAAACAAUGCCCCUGGACAUUUCCGGCGCCACCACACCAUCCGAGCACGAUGCGCCAAACUCUCAGUCCUCGCACUCGGAACCCAGUCCGGCGCAUGCAGUGCAUCAUCCACAUCAUCCGCCAUUGGUGGCCACCAGCAGCAGCAGCGGUGGCAGCGGCAGCUUUGAGCGUUCAUUCAGCAUUGGAGGCUUGGGCGAAACUGAUCCGGAGAACAAUGCCAGCUCGCCUGUGAUGAUGGGCACCAAGCGGAAUCGUGUGCUCACGCGUCAGCCCAGGGUGAAGCGCGACAGCGACAGUCUCUCGUCGACCAAUCAGAUAUCGCCGGAUACGGCUGCCACAACCCUCGACUUUGAUCCGUUCAAUGCCGCGGGUGCCACAAGCGCCACCGCCAGGGAUUAUUCGACAACGGGCUCGCAUCAUUUGCACCACCACCAGCAGCAGCAGCAUCACCACCAGCCACCGCAUCACCACCAUCACCUGCUGACGGUGCCAACUCGAAUCGAACGGCAUGCCUCUGAGCCGGCACCUAGUCUUGGUCCCUCCACACCGCACCUGCUCAGCGUGCCGUCCAGCACACCGUAUCUCAUAAAGCAGCACUCGGAUCCGCUCCUGCCGCGUCAGUCCGCACUGCACUCGGCCUCCGGCAGCCUGGCCGGCGGCACCAAUCCGUUCGCUCCCUUGCACCGCCAAUACUCGCACCCGCUGUCCGGCAGCAAUGCCGGCUAUGUGCCGCCAACCCCGCUGCACCAUCCGCAUCAUAUCUCGCUACCCGAGUCAAUCUACGCUUCGGGCUCGCCGCCGCCGGCCGGCUCCUCGCAGUACCUGGUGCCCACGCGUGUCGUGGCCUGUCCGGUGUCCAGCGAGACGGCGGCCACACCCACAGCAAAUGCCAGCUCCAAUGCUACGUCGUCGACGGUGGCAGCCGUGUCCGUGGUCACCUCACCGACAGCCGCUGGCCUGAACAGCAGCCGGCACUCGUUCUCGCCCACAUAUGCGGGCGGCAGCACGGAGACGGCUCCGCCAGAGCGACGCUCACCACACUCCCACUCGCCCACUGUCACCCAUUCGCACUCGCUCGUGGAGCGCUCAUCGAAGGGCAGCGACGGAUCUGCCAAUGGAUCGGGCGGCACGAAGCUGCGCAAUUCCAAGUCGGUGACGUCCACGGGCUCGGGCUCCCAUCUACAUCCCGGCCAGGCGACAGCGAUGAGCAGCUCGUUUGAGCACUUGCCCACGCUGCGGGUCAAGAACGAGGAACUACAGCGCUCGGUGUCUUCACCGCAGACCCAAAGGGAAAUCAUCACCCUGGAAAAUCCGCGUUCUAGUCAUUGCCCCGUCAUUCGGCCGGGGCCGGCCUUGGGGUGUAACUUCUGUUGGAACACCAUCGAUGGGCAUGGCCGUAUUUUGCGACGCAAAACGAAAUACCAUUGCCCCGAGUGUCAGACGAAUUUAUGCAUUGUGCCCUGCUUCCAGGAGUACCACGAGCGGCUCAACAACGAAGCCGCCACCGUGGGGGCCAGCAACAGCAGCGGCCACGAUAAUCAGCACCACACCAGCAGCACCGGCAGCAGCAGUGGCAGCGGCAAAGCCUCCCCCUAUGUCUCGGCCAGCAGCACCAGCAGUGGCAGUGGCAGCGGGACAGGCUCAGGUGCAGGCGCGGCUCGGCACUACACCAAAACCGAAUCGAUAUAAUCUGCAGCUAAUUGUUGGCCCGCGUAUUUGUAUUUGUGGCACGACGGCCGUCACCCGUUCCUGGGCUACACACAUUGGAUGUACCCAGGCAUCGGAUCAUCUAGGGGGGCCGUCGGUCAAUUUGUUUUUCUUUGUAAGCAGGAUGCUUGUUGCUCCGGCCGCACUGGCACAUCCGGGCACACAUCCUGCACCGAAAAUUUUAAUUUGUUGUGGCAGUGCCCGGCACCGGCAGCGACACCCCAAAAACAAAACUGAGGCGUGUCGUCCGGUGUCCGGGGCACAUGGACUGCCCAAGAGCGCCCGAGAGCGCGUCCAGAAAUUUGUUUUUGUGAGCCAUGCGAAACGCAUGCACAGACGUUGUGUGUACUCGUAAGUAAAACGAAAAAAAUAUAUAUAUAAAUAAAAGAAAACUUUUGUAGCAAGACGCGGCCUGCACGGAAAUUGUUGUACGGCCCCGGCCUGAGCGUUAACUUUUUUAAACAAUCUGCUAACUGUAAAACUAUAUAUUUAAAUGUGUGUGUACCUAUUAUGUAUAUGUAUAUGUGUAUGUUCUUGUACAAACAAAAAACGGAUAAACAAAUACAACAGAAAAUACAUUAACUAAAACUAAAAAAAGGAAACGCUGUCAGCGGUGGUGUCAGCCGCGCAGUGACUUCUACAAGCUCGAAACUAACGAUUAGGUUUUCAAAACACAAGUACAACAACUAGUACUAGCCCCAAACAAACAACAACCACUGUGUCUAUAUGGUCUAAACUCAAGACUUAAGAACGUCUCACCCCCCUCCUUUUGCCCUUCAUCAGAUAUAUUGGAUGAUUACGCCCUGGGCAUCGCUGCGCAGGCGCACGUUUGUCUACGAGUAAAUGUAUGUAUAUGUCUCCUUCCCUACCCCUCCACCCAGACGACACGGCACUGUUUUACUAAAUGUUUUAUAUAUCUACAUUUAUGUAUGUGUAUAUGUUUAUGUACGUGUAGUGUGAAAAUCGAAAUUACAGGCGAUCCUGGAUCCUCCCGACAAUGGGACAUUGUUUAAUUUUGUGUGUGUAAACUUUAAAGAAUACGAAAAUUAAUAAAUAUAUUUGUGACCCUUCUGGUUUUUCUCAAUAAA